CGCCUCCGACCCCGCCAGCUCAACACGGGCGGUUCCACUUGUCAGGCAUCCAGGUCCAUCGUCGCCGAAGACAAUAACGAAUAUAGAAAUGUUUCAGUAAUAAGUGCUUCCAGAGUUAUGCUUGUGAUUUUGUGAUGCGACAUUAGAUUGCAGUAUAGACCCGCCAUAGUCGAGAGUUCGACAGCUCCGGGUCUCUUGUCUAGGUUACCACCGAGCGAGCAUAUUGAAUCGUCCAACAACACCAUGCACCCUGAAUCGUCGCGCAAUCUUCCGCGGCUCAUAUUGUAUCACCAGACGACUCAUGAUCCCGAUGGAACCCCCUGUUCUGUUAUCCCGCUCAUCACUCAGCCAGGGAUAUCGGUGACCCACAUCAUCAUUGCGGCAAUCCAUAUCAAUGACGACCCAGAUGCUCUGACCUUGAACGACCAUCCCCCCUCAGAUUCUCGCUUUGUCACCACAUGGGCCGAGCUGCGGCUUGCCCAAGCCAGCGGCAUCACUGUUAUGGGCAUGCUAGGCGGAGCUGCGAAGGGUUCGUACGCACGACUAGAUCAAGACCAAACUACUUUUGAGCGGUACUACCUACCCCUCUCCGAACUCAUACGAGAAAGAGGAUUGGGUGGCCUAGACCUCGACGUCGAGGAGCAUAUGUCGCUAGCCGGCAUCAUUCGCCUGAUUGAUCGCCUGCGAGCAGACUUCGGGCCUGGUUUCAUCAUUACAUUAGCUCCCGUGGCAGCUGCGCUCCUGGACGCACGACGGAAUCUCAGUGGUUUUGAUUAUGAAGCCCUCGAGGUGAUGAGAGGCAAUCAAAUCGCUUGGUACAACGCGCAAUUUUAUUGCGGCUGGGGAGAUGCUAGUAACCCGGUCAUGUACGACAUGAUAGUCGCACGGGGCUGGGCACCUGAAAAGAUUGUUGUUGGUCUCGUCACGACGCCUGACAACGGUGCUGGGUACGUGCCUUUCGAAAUACUGGGACAGAAUCUAAGGCUCCUGCAACGUCAAUUCCCCAAAUUUGGGGGCGUUAUGGGUUGGGAGUACUUCAAUGGAUGCCCUGGAGGCAAGGAACGCCCUUGGGAAUGGGCGCAAGAGAUGACAAAAAUACUCAGAGCAUCCGAUCCACGCAUCUUAGAAACACCCCGAGAGCCAACGCGAAUAGCCCCGGCCAUCGAGGUUGACAUUGACGAUGAAACUGAAGCGGCGCGAACCCCGCUCCCCAAAGGCUUCGAAUACGACUCAGAGGGUUCUGAUCGGGAGUCAUAGGAGUAGACAGUGCUGUAUCCAGCCGGGUAUGAAACAUGUUUAUAAGAAUCUUGCCGCCGGUUGGGUUCACAGCAUAGGAGAUUUCGCAGGACUUCGAAGUGCAACCCCAUAAUAGUUCAACUGAGACGCAUAGCUCUGGGUUGUUUGUGUUGUGGCUUGAUCCCUUGCGCCCCCCCUAUGUAUUAAGUUAAUGACUUGUUUGUGCGACUAUGCGUUAAUGAUGAUAUAACCCCAAACGCGGCCCAUGAC